UCUGUUGUCCUAAUAUCAGUUCUGACGGUUGAAGGACCUCUGCGUCGUCGUCUUUCAAUGUUAAUGCAUGCCUCCGACUGUCACCAGGUCUACCUCAUGUCAACGCCGCCUCCCAACUCCUACUGACGCCCAGUCUCGCUCCGCCCUUCUCACAGCCCUCGCGACCAGUCUGCUCUGUUAGCUUCUCUCAGACUUCCCGCACCCGUCUCUCACAACGCCUGAUUCAAGACACUCGUCCAGUCAAACCAGUCACUCAAGGUUCUCAGCCGCUCAACACCGCAAACAAUGGCUUCUCUCGUGAACGUUCGCCGCGAUGUCAGCGACCCUUUCUAUCGCUACAAGAUGGAGCGCCUCCAGACCAAGAUUGAAGGCAAGGGCAACGGCAUCAAGACCGUUGUUGUCAACCUCAGCAGCGUCGCUCAAUCUCUGGCUCGCCCUGGAUCUUACUUGAUCAAGUACUUCGGCUUCGAGCUUGGUGCUCAAACCAACAUCGACCCCCCUGAUGACCGCUGGAUCAUCAACGGCGCCCACGAAGCAAACAAGCUUCAGGAGCUCCUUGACGGGUUCAUCAGCAAGUUCGUACUCUGCAAGAAGUGCAAGAACCCGGAGACCGAUGUCCACAUCAAGGACGGCCGUAUCACGCUCGACUGCAAGGCCUGUGGCCAGCGCUCUGAAGUCGACCUGCGCCUGAAGCUCAGUGGCUUCAUCCUCAAGAACGUGCCCAAGAAGACCAAAAAGGACAAGGCCGAGCGCCGCGCCGCCCGUAAGGCCAAGCAGAAUGGCAAGGCCGACGCCGAGAACGGUUCUGGAGGCGAUGACAACGGCUCUGACCAGGCUUCUCCGAUUGCGGACGACAAGGGUUUCGAGAGCGAUGACGACGCUCUCACCCGCAAGAUCAAGAGCGAAGCUCAGGUGCUUGAGAACAAGAAGGUUGAAGUGAAGGACGAUGAAUGGGCUGUGGACAUGAGCGAGGAAGCUGUGAAGGCUCGCCAGCAGCAGCUCCCCGGCGAGUUCAAGCAGAAGCUCGUUCUGAACGGCGAUGACGAAGACGAGGAGGGCGAGGGCGGUGGCAACACCGUCUACGACCAGUUGGGCACCUGGAUCCAGGAGCAGGCCGGCCAAAAGGAGGGCGUUAACAAUGUCGACGACAUCGACAUCUACGUCAAAGCAAAGGAGCUGGGCAUUGAGUCCAAGCAUCGCACUGUCCUCGUUCUGGUGCAGACCAUCUUCGACGAGAAUAUCUGCAACCAAAUCGGCAAGCGUGCCGGUAUGCUGAAGAGGAUCGUCUCGUCUGAACGCCACGAGAAGGCACUGCUCGGCGGCACCGAGCGUCUCAUUGGCCACCUUGUUGGCGAGCAUCCGGAGAUGUACGACAAAGUCGUCAAGAUCCUCCAGCUCUACUACCACCACGAUCUCAUCUCCGAGGAAGUCGUCACCAAGUGGGGCUCCAAGGCCUCCAAGAAGUACGUCGACCUGGCCACCUCCAAGAAGGUUCGCAAGGCCGCCGAGCCCUUCCUCACCUGGCUCGCUGAGGCUGAGGAGGAGUCCGAUGAGGAUGACGAGUAAGCCUUGGGCUGCAUCCGUGCAUGUAGACCUUUUUCGGUGGGAGAUAUACUUGGCGGUUUUGUGGCUUCUUAGAUUGAGCUCCCCAGAUUGAUAUUGCACUUGUUCUUGGCUUCUCGGAGGCAAAAGCACAAAAU